AUGCCUGUGAUAACUAGUAUGUCUUCUUUCAUUUUAGUAUACCGCAGCAACAUUUCUGCUGAUGCAAGUCUUUUAUUUUUGGUCAUCUUGUUAGCGCACGAGAUUACUCAUGCAGUGAAUUAUAUUGGAGCAAAGAUACAAACAAUACCAGAAAUACCAUACUUCACAUCAUAUUCAGAUUCAGAAGAAUUCGACGGUGGCAAUGCGCUUGAACAUGAGCUGAUUGGGGGCGAACUACAUAUAAAUCAUAAACAACCAAAAACAAUUGUCGAAUUAUUUAUUAUUGAUUCAAAUGGCAAACAUAUUCAAGUUCCACCAUCGGGUAUUAACAACUGCAUUAGAAACAAGACAUUUGAACCAUUAUUACAAUUACAUAAUCGAUCAAAACUUAAACGUAAAUGUAGAAGUGAUAGCACAAAAAGCUUUAUUGCUUUUAUUAAAGAAGUUGGUGAUGACGAUAAGAUGUCUGAUGGCCCAUUUAUUCCUCUACUUCGUUAUCAUACACGACAAAAUGUUAUUGAAGAAACAGACGACGAUAAUGAAGAUACAAAUUAUAAACCUUUGCUUCAUUAUCAUCAUGAACAAGAGAUUUCAUCAGUUCAAUCUCCAGAUGAACCAAUUUUAUAA